UGCAGGAAACUGGUCAAAAUAUCGAUGGUCGGCUGACAGCGAAUUGUUUUGAUAAUCCUAACCUAUCCGGCUCGUCAUUUUUAAACAAAGUUUUGCAGUUCCAUUUUUGUGCUUCUCAAAUAGCGGUCAUUAGUGGUAAAAAAUCGGAGUAAUAUGCGUGUAUAACAGUGUAAGCGAUUAAAAUGAUCGUGACGCUGAUCUGGUUGAAGAUCAAAUCCUUCCUCUUGGCAUGCUUCAAGUUGCUGCGGAGGGCACUGUGCUGUUUGCGGCGCAGGAAGCGUAGCUUCGCGGAAACGGUACCAUUGACUCAAGUCGUAUCGAAUGCGGAAUCGGGCGAAGUGCACAGUUGGGAAAACGAUUGGGGAGAUGACAACACCAAGAGGGAACCGGAACCCAAAACGGUGCAGGAUUAUAUAGAUUUAUACCGGCAACAGACUGCCGGUGCCGCCAAAUCGGAAACUUCAGAAGAAGAGCUCAAUUUCUUUGAAGAUAUGACGCCCAGGAUUACGAAACAAACGAAAUUAUUCAUACCACAUGGCGCAAAUGGCUCCAAUCCUAGUACCGCUAAUAGACUGAACUUCGUAGAUGAUUCCGCUUCCAUUAUUCCAUCCAGUGAACUGAGGGAAUGGGAUGAGACAACUGGCUGGGAUGGAGAGUUACUUGAUCAAGAUGCUCAGAAAGAGCUUAGACAACAGAAAAGGUUAGAGAGGGAACGCAAAGCCUGGGAGCAGCACCAAAAACGCCUUGAAAAGGCCAAUAAAUCUCUAGGUUUAAAAUUAAACACGUAGUAUUAUUUUUUCUGUUAUUAUUUAUACAUAACGCAGUAUAAAUAGAACUAGAAGUUGCGUUUUUAUUAUAUAUUAAAAUACAUUUCAA